GUUAAGACAUCACUAUAACCAACCGGAACAAGACAACCCAACCAUAUCUUAUUUCGUUCGGUUCUUUGUUUCUUUGUCUUGUUUCCCGGUAAAGUCUGCGCACCGAUGGCUCUGCGUCUUCUUGGUCGAAUAGUUACUAAAGCCGUGAAGAAAGAGAACAGUCCAGAGAGUCCCAGGAGUCCGAAAACCCCACAAGGCUCUACUCUCAUGGACAAGUACGAGCUAGGAAAGCUUCUAGGCAAGGGAAGCUUUGCUAAAGUCUAUUUAGCCAGGAGCAUUAGUACAGGCGAGGACGUGGCCAUCAAAGUCAUUGACAAAGAGAAAAUCGUGAAAAGCGGUUUGGCCGAUCACAUAAAACGUGAGAUAUCAAUCCUCCGACGCGUCCGCCAUCCUUACAUUGUUCACCUCAACGAGGUCAUGGCUACGAAGACAAAGAUUUACAUCGUGAUGGAGUACGUAAGAGGCGGAGACCUUUUAGGAAAGAUGGCUAAAGGCCAGCUUCGUCAAGGAGUCACCCGGAGUUAUUUCCAGCAACUGAUCUCAUCCGUUGCUUUCUGCCACAGCCGCGGUGUUUACCACCGUGAUCUGAAGCUUGAGAAUCUUCUUUUGGACGACGAAGGGAACCUUAAGGUAUCUGACUUUGGUCUCAGCAUCGUCUCCGAGCAGCUGAGGCAAGACGGAAUCUGCCAGACGUUUUGCGGGACGCCUGCUUAUUUGGCGCCUGAGGUUUUGACAAUGAAAGGCUAUGACGCUGCCAAGGCCGAUGUCUGGUCUUGUGGAGUGAUCUUGUUUGUGUUGAUGGCUGGUUAUCUUCCCUUUGAAGAUAAGAACAUAAUGGCUAUGUAUAAGAAGAUACACAAAGGAAAGUUUAGGUGUCCUAAAUGGUUUUCGCCUGAGCUUACAAGGCUUAUGAACCGGAUUCUGGACACAAAUCCAGAUACCAGAAUCACCAUAUCAGAAAUCAUGAAGCAUAGAUGGUUCAAGAAAGGGUUUAAAAAUGUCAAGUUUUAUAUCGAAGACGAUAAGUUAUGCAGAGUGGAUGACAAUGAUGAUGACGAUUCAUCAUCAUUGUCAUCAGGUAGAUCGUCCACUGCUUCAGAGGGAGACGCAGAGUUUGAUAUUAAACGAGUUGGUUCAAUGCCGAGACCCGCAAGUCUAAACGCAUUUGACAUCAUAUCCUUUUCUUACGGAUUCGAUCUUUCGAGUUUCUUUGAAGAAGGAGGACCAGGAGCUAGGUUUGUAUCUGCUGCUUCCGUGACAAAGAUUAUAUCCAAAUUGGAAGAGAUUGCGAUAGUGGCCAACUUUACAGUGAGGAAGAAGGACUGGAGCGUGAGGCUAGAAGGUAGUAGAGAAGGUGCUAAAGGACCGUUGAUUAUUAAGGUUGAGAUAUUUGAGCUGACACAAACUCUUGUGGUGGUUGAAGUGAAGAAGAAAGGAGGGUUUAUAGAAGAGUAUGAAGAGUUUUGCAACAAGGAACUUAGACCACAGCUAGAGAAACUGAUGCAUUACCAAGCAGAUGAAGUUGAUGUAGCAAUGUCUUUGCCCCCUGAAACUGAAGAGAGAUAG